AUGAGAAUUGAAUCAGCCACAUUUGCAGUACCAAUUGAGUUUGACGAGACAGGACAAAUGUAUGUUAACGUGGACGGAAUGGAUAUUUCACUCGACUCUAAUGGUAUAUUGAAAAUGAAGAACAGACAUUGUACUACAACAAUUUCGUUAGCAUCACCAAGUGAAGUAGAAAUAGCAACUCGAUCUGGAUAUCGUGAAGGUUCUAGCCUAUGUAUGCCAGUGCAAUCAUCGCAAUCUCAGGAAGCAAUUAAUGAAGACGGAAUAACUACAACACGAAUGUAG